GCGGGCAUUGCGCAGAAAGCGUAGAAGAUGGAGGGGCUAUUAUUUGCUGAAAUUGAAUCGCGUGCCUCGAAGGAAGAAAUCAUGCUGUUAGAUGAAUAAAUCCAUAGUGAAACGGUUAAACAGUAAGACAAUUGGUGAAGCAAGGCCUCGUUUGAUGCAUCAAUUAUGUACUUGUAUUGUACAUAACUACUACCAAGGUCACUAUGUAAUCAAUUGAUCAGGCUGAUUACGCGACACGCCUGCCUGGAAAAGAGAGCUACAACGGGUACCCACCUGCAGCAUUCUAGCCUUGCCCGGUGCCGUUUUGUACUGUUACCAGUUCUUUUUUAGCUUUCUGGAGCUUCAUUUGUCACUGAAUUACUAAAUUACUGAAUUCAACAUUUAACAUCAUCAGCAAUUUCCAACUCAAUCCAUCCCGUCCCAACCUACUUAUUCUAACCUCAGCCUGUCAUAAUAAAAUCAAACAGGCUAUACUACGUACCAUCAAUACACCCAAGUACUUUACUUCACUUUUAUUAAAAAGGUCUCGUUGGGUAAAAACAUUCAAGAUCCAUAUCUUACCGAAUUUCACCCACUACACCACAUUCAUUAACCAUGUCGAGCGCCCAAGAUAUCGAGGGCCUCGAGCGCCGCGGAUCCGACGAUGGUAAGGAUAAGAAGGAUGGAAAGGGUGAUGGACCAAAGGACAGCACCAACAACGUUAAUCGCGAUGGUGAUGCUGUCAUGAAGGAUGCCGAGCCCGAAGAUGACGAAAUUCUGGACGAGGAAACCCUUGGUCUCACUACAGAGGAUCUAAAGACGCGGAAACGCCUACUAGAGAACGAUGCCAGAAUCAUGAAGAGCGAAUUCCAACGACUAUCCCACGAGAAAGCUACCAUGGGCGAGAGAAUUAAAGAGAACAACGAGAAGAUUGCGAACAAUCGGCAAUUACCCUAUCUUGUUGGCAACGUUGUCGAGUUGCUGGAUCUUGACCCCACCGCCGAAUCCCUCGAAGAAGGCGCCAAUAUCGAUCUUGACGCUACGAGAGUAGGCAAAUCUGCAGUAAUCAAAACUUCUACGAGACAGACGAUCUUUCUACCCCUGAUCGGUCUUGUCGACCCCAACACACUUAAGCCAGGCGAUCUCAUCGGUGUUAACAAAGAUUCUUACCUAAUCCUCGACACAUUACCUGCCGAAUAUGACAGCCGCGUCAAGGCCAUGGAGGUCGACGAAAAGCCUACGGAGAAGUAUACCGAUGUGGGUGGCCUGGACAAACAAAUAGAGGAGCUCGUUGAGGCCAUCGUAUGGCCUAUGAAGGAGGCCGAUCGUUUCAAGAAGAUUGGCAUCAAGGCACCCAAAGGUGCCCUAAUGUAUGGUCCUCCGGGAACUGGCAAGACUCUUUUAGCCCGAGCUUGCGCCGCUCAAACCGACGCAACGUUCUUGAAGCUCGCUGGUCCCCAACUGGUGCAAAUGUUCAUAGGAGAUGGUGCGAAGUUGGUCCGGGAUUGCUUCGCCUUGGCUAAAGAGAAGGCCCCCGCCAUUAUAUUUAUCGACGAACUGGAUGCCGUAGGUACCAAGCGUUUCGACAGCGAGAAGAGUGGUGACCGAGAGGUUCAACGAACUAUGCUUGAGUUGUUGAACCAACUGGACGGUUUUGCGUCGGACGAUCGUAUCAAGGUAUUAGCCGCCACGAAUCGUGUCGAUGUACUAGACCCUGCCCUGUUACGAUCCGGACGUCUAGACCGUAAGAUUGAAUUCCCUCUGCCCAAUGAGGAGGCCCGUGCCCAGAUUCUCAAGAUUCAUUCACGGAAGAUGAAGGUCGACUCCAGCAUAAACUGGGGCGAGCUAGCUCGAAGUACAGAUGAAUUUGGUGGUGCUAUGCUGAAGGCAGUCUGUGUCGAAGCUGGCAUGAUUGCGCUACGGAUGGGCAAGAACAAGAUUAGUCACGAGCAUUACGUAGACGCUAUUGCCGAGGUGCAAGCCAAGAAGAAGGAGACGGUCAACUUCUACGCAUAAGGCAAUCUUAAUUCGAGCAAGAAAGCAGUCAUGUAAUAGAAGCAGCCUUGACAGGGCAGAAGAGGCCUGUAAUAUAGGUUAUUUUGGCACAUCAGUCAACCAGAUGCGAUUUGCCAUCAAACUUGUGUGUUCGCCUUCAUAUUCUUGGUGUGUGUAAAAAUACUUGUCAAAAUCCGCGUGAUUUCGGUUCUUGGUGAUUUGUAUGUCGGAACCACAUAUCAUCCUCGUCUUUGUAGCUUUAUUAGGUAUGCAUAUGAUCCGUGGGGGUUCCUCGCCCGCAGUAGAAUAAUAAUUAUACUCGUCUUCCGGGAGGGUUUUUCUAAUCUCUAGGUGCUUGGACUAGGAUAUGGAUGUAGG